AUGGUGACGACCAUGGUAGGAGGAGGAGCAGGAGCGCCGUGGUUGAGGAUUAGGAUUAGGACAAUCCCGUUCCCGGAGGGAGCUGCUCCACUAAUAUUCCAUCAAUUAUCAUCAAUUAUCAACAACAACAACACCUCAUUUCUCCGAAGAAGAGGCUUUUCAAUAUCUGCUUCAUCCAUAUCCUCGUCUCCAACUCCUCUUCUUUCAAAGAGGGUUGAAGAAGGACACGUCCGCGUUCGUUUCGCUCCUUCACCCACCGGUAAUCUCCACGUCGGCGGUGCCAGAACUGCCCUUUUCAAUUACUUGUUUGCCAGGUCCAAGGGUGGGAAAUUCGUUCUUCGAAUUGAAGACACAGACUUGGAGAGAUCUACCAGGGCGUCUGAGGAUGCCGUGCUUCAAGAUCUUUCUUGGCUUGGUCUUGAUUGGGACGAAGGUCUAUUACUGUCUUAUUCGCUACUAAUGGAUGUGGAAAUUUAG